ACUCAUGUUUCCUCUAAUAUCCUCUCUUCCCAACUGCUCAUAGCAAAAGUGCUUAAGCAUGUUACUUACUUUAUUCACAAUAAGCAAAAAGAAUUUAUAAUUGCACUCACUACUUCCAAGCAUAGAAACUCAUUCAAAAAGCUAAAAAGAAUGUCUUUUGAUUAAAAGAAUACGUCAGUAAUACCAUUAUCUAACUAUCAUAGUAGAAACAGGGUGGAUUCCUACAUGAAGCCGCGUGUUUCUCUUCUUCUUCUUCUCCCCUACACCGAACAAGAGCCCCAGCCACCACCGACGCCCCCCCACUUGAGAGAAACCGGUAAGAGCUUGAAGUUUUCCCCUUCCUUUCCUUGUUCUAGGACUGGAAUUGAACCCAGAAUUAUUCCCCCCUCUGCAGAAUCCCAGAUCUGCUCUGCUCUGCUACUUCCGGCUGCUGCUCUGCUGUGUGAGGGUGCGAAUUGCUCGAGUUUUUGUGCCGCGAGUCCCCUACAGAUUGUCGCCGGCCUUCCCCCAAACUGCAGCUCCGGUUUUGCUUGCAGAAUUCUGCUAGUGUUUUGCCAAUUUUGGAAAGUGCAGUUACUGUUCACUGUUCAUAGAUACUGUUCACGCAUUGAUGGCCAACAAUUAACGGGGAUUAAAUGUUUAGUUUGGAGAUGUCUGGUUAUGUGGAGAUUGAUAGAAAUAGCAUUGUGAUUAGGGGGUAGUCAUGGUAACUUUACUUUUGAAUCCGUGGUACAGUAAUUAAUUUUUGGAUAUUUUGAUUAGUUUCUUGAGUGUUCUGUCACCUGAGUACUUGGCUUGAGUUCCGGAUUUGAGGUAAGUAAAUUUAUGGUAACGCUCUUCGAUUUUAAAAGUAUGUUUUGACUUGUUUUUGAAAUGGUGGUGGGACUAAACCCGUUUUAUACCAAAAUAAGUAUGACUGAUUUGAAGUGAAAUUUUAUGUUUUUCAUUAAAUUGAGCAUGCCUACUCGAAAUUUAAUUGAUUGUCCUGAUGAUUUGAAAGUGAUUGGUGAAUUAUGAUUUUUCCAUUAACUUCUCGCACUGUAACUGUUUUUCGUGAUUACAUUUGUUGGCAUGCUAUAAGUUUAAUAAGGGGCACUCCAUAUUUUACUUACUGAGUUUAUCUCAUAGUUUUUCCUUGUCCACCAUUUUAGGAAGCGAAAUCAAGGACGGGGAAACCACGGAAAGCGACGAGUUAGAAGCUAGCCAUCUUGUAAAUUGAACAUAGAUUUUAGAUAUAGUCAUGAUCUUAUUCAUGAAAUUAAUCUUGUCCACCAUGUUCUUAAAACCUUGUUUUGAAACUUGGUCAUUUUCUGAUAGUUUGCACUUGUUUAGACUUGUUACUUGAAUAGAAUUUUUGUAUGCUCUUUUGCCACCAUUGUAAAAUCUGGGGAGUUGCAGAGAUAUUUUGUUAUUGAUCCUGUUGGUCUCUACAGCAUAGCUGGUUGAGAAAUUUGUUCUAUUUGUCACAUGACCAGUGGAAGAUGGGAAACCCUCUACUUUGUAAGAGAUUCAAGGCUGUUUUAGCAAAUGUUGUGUGUUUUUCUAGAUGCAUUUUAGGAACUGGAUAACUUGGUAAUUUCGCUGCUCAUCAUCUUUCUGAAAGUCUUCUCAUCAUCUUUCUGAAAGUCUUAUAGUGAAGUUUCACUUUUUCCAUUUGGAGCUUCAUGGUCUUUUCAUGUGGCUCAUUUUUCUAUAUUGGUUAAUCAAAAACAGUUAUCAAUUCAAUUGAAAUUGCCAGGAUGUCUAGGAUGACUUGAUUGUAAAUCUGCUUAGCCUCCAUGAGCUAUGAGGUGAAGGGGUAGUCUUUAAAGUACUUGAUGUCCUAGAGUUUUGUUCUAAGAGAAAUGGUUCUUUUAUCUGGCUGUUUUGAUUUUUGUUUGCCCUUUUAAUUAGAAGACAAUAAUUUUCUAAGUAUCCUGAUCCCCCUAUUGAUUAUUUUGUUAAUUAAUUCGUGUUACGUGG